AUGGGAGGAAAGCCUUGUUGCGAUAAAGUUGGAUUAAAACGAGGUCCAUGGACGAUCAACGAAGAUCAUAAGCUGAUGAACUUUAUCUUCAACAAUGGUACUAUUCCUUUCUGGCGACAUGUUCCCAAGCUUGCCGGUCUUUCAAGAUGGGGGAAAAGUUGCAGAUUAAGAUGGAUAAAUUAUCUUAGACCAGAUCUUAAGAGAGGAUCAUUUACGGAAUUCCAAGAAGAUGAGAUUGUUCUUCUUCAUUCUCGUCUCGGUGGUCUAAGAUUGCUUCGCAUUUUCCCGGUCGAACCGACAAUGAAAUCAAGAAUCAUUGGAAUACUAAAAUCAAGAAAGCUGCUCGGUUUAGACCCCGUGACACACAAGCCUGUCGAGAAAACCGAUGGUAAUAAGAAACAAGAAGAUAGGUCAAAGUCGGAUGAUGCUCCAUGCAAGGAGGUUGAAGAAAUUCAAGUGACUUUGGGUGAAACAAAUGAUUUGUUGAACGACUACGUAAUGUUGUGUGGAAGCUUCGAUUUGGAUUCUUCAUACACAUCUUCGUUUUUGAUGGAAGGAUCCAACAAUCCUUCAAUGGCUCAAGAAGAAGACUCUUUGAAGCAAUGGGUUGAUUGUGUGGAUUCAUUUCUCUCAUGGGAUGAAAACUUUAUUCCUCUGGAACCAAAAAUUCAUUCCUCCUGGGAAAAGAAAAGUGAUUCAGAUUGA